UUUAGUGUUGGUGCUGUCAAACUAAUCGAAGUCAUCCGAAGUGCUUCAAUUAGUCAUAUCGUCAGAUUAGUUAUCACCCAGCUGUCAACAUGUUUGCUCACUUCCUCGUAUUAUUUUCAUAAGUUAAAAGUGGUGCACCUCGUGAUGACCAGCACUAAGUCGCUGAGUUCAGCGGCUGAGGAUUAUUUCCACAAUUUGAAUCCCCUGGCUCGCAGGAUCGCCGAUGACAUUGAGGCGACGAAGGAGGCGUAUGAGGGUCUCUGGAAUACCCUGAGUCUGAAGGAGAAAAAUCAGGCGAUUGAUGAGACCAUUAUCCAGCCGGAAAUCGCACUGCAGUACGCUGUGGGAGUUGGGGACCUGGGGAAGGAUGUGCCAGAGUGGUAUCCCAGACUCAGGAUUCAGACGGGGUUGAGACAUGUUAUCGAUGAAACUGGCUCGACACUUCGAUGGAAAGACGAGCACUCAGGACCCUUCAGUUUCAUGACUCGCUCCCAAAUGGAUCUCUCUCUCUUCGCAGCCCCGGACAAUCGUCGUCUGAAAUCUUCAGGAAACUACAGUGAUGAUUCCCCCCACUUCACAAGUCCCAUUCAACUCGAAGAAAGUAGUUUCGAGAGUUCCCUGAAUGAAUACACAACAUCGUCGAAUCCUACAAGUUUCUACCAGUCAGAGAGCUACACUGACAGCGUCUUCAAAAACUCGGACUCCGGCAGGUCCGCAAGUCAAUCGAACGACAAUAUUUUCACCAAGAUGAUCAAUAAAACCUCAUUCAUGAAAAUGGCUAGUAGUCCUGAUGAUGAAAUGGAGAGCCUGGUGCCACAGCGAGGUGCUGCAAGAGCUGUUACCAAAAGUCUUGGUGGAAACAAAGUUCAGAUGAAUAUCAAUUUAUCAUCUGGAUCUAGACCAAAGUCUGGGGAUGUCACUGAGUCCACUGCCCUCUUGGAGACACCCAGCUCCUACAGUAGCUUCCAGUCUGCCCAGACUAAUCACGACGAUGGAAUCCCAAAGACUGGUUUCGAAUUCUUGGAUAAUUGGUAAAAUUCAUCAGGAACAAUCAGAGGAGCAAUUAAACAAGAGGAAUCAUUUGAAUUUGAUCUUAAUUAAUCACUUUUCUUCCAACUUAUAAUCAUUACCCACAAAUUGAUCUUCAACUUGUAUAAUUGUCUUCUUUCUUCUUUCUUCUGAUCUUUUAAUUUGUUUUUGAAAUGGAGAAUCAGUGGGAGACGUUGGGUAUUCUGUUGAAUAUUGAAUCAUCUUGUUUAAUUUCUUCACUAAUGAGCUCUCCAUUUUAAAUUAAAUCAUUUGAGACAUUAUUCAUGACUCCAAAGAUAUAAUAGACUGAGUAAUAUACGUUAGACAUUGUAUCCAACAGUAGCAUCGACUGAAACAAUACUCGAUAGUCUAUUUUUAAAUUGCGACAUUUAUCCUCAUAUCUAAUACAGAGUACAAAAGUAUUAGAUGAAACACCUUACUCAGACGGAAUGAACCCCAGCCAGUUUUACGAUUCAAUUUUGAUACCCGCAUUUAUACACAAACCAUCUCAGUACUUAAAGUAAGCCAUUUUGUACUCAAUAUUUUAAUCAAUAAAAAUAUCCAGGUA